GCCUCUUCGAGUUUGAUAUGCAUUGGCAGGAUUGAAAUAACAAUAUGAUCUCCUCAUCGAUUCUAGUGGUGGCUCUACUGAGCGCACCAACUAUCUACCUACUUUUACGGUUACAGACAUGGCUGGAGGACAGAAAAAAGUUGCCAUUGCCUCCACAACCAGCAGGUGUACCAUUUCUAGGCAACGCCCUCGAUGUCAUUAAGUCCACAAAAACAGGCUCGCAACAUCUCCUCUUCGAAAAAUACGCUCGCAGCUGUGGCGAGAUCGUUCGCGUUCAAGUUGGCCCAUUCACCCAAUACUUCAUCAAUAGUGAUGAGGCUGUCAAAGCGAUCUUCGACAAAGCAUCGGCCACCACCUCGGAGCGCCCACGAUGGAUCGUUAGCAAUGAGCAGAUUUGCGAUCAAAAGAAUGUCCUGCUUUUGAACGCAAGUCAUCUACGGUGGAAACAGCAAAGAAAGGUCAUCUUGCAAGGCAUGACCAGCGUGCCGCGUGCUGAUGCUGGUAUUGAGUACCUGCACUUCGAGACUGCGAAGUUCUUGAAGCAAGUCGCCAACGACUAUGACUUAGCCAGUGACAGUGUUGGACUGUUCAACGAGAUCGGUCGGUACACCUACAGCGCAUUCGCAAGCCAGACAUUUGGAAUGGACAUUCCAGACGAGAAAGACCCAGCAAUCGAGUAUAUCUACCGCAGCGGCUUGGAGCAGAUCCUUGGUACUCUACCAGGCUCGCACCUUGUAGACAUAUUGCCAGUCCUCGACAGACUACCCCUAUUUUUCAAGCCGUGGGAAAAGAAAGCUAGAGCUCUCUUCCAGGACAACAAGAAAUGGUGCGACGAGCGUAAGCGAAGAGUUGAGGAUUCGAUCAAGGCGGGUACAGUGAACGACUCAUUCCUGGCUCGUGUGCUGCAGGACGAGAAGAGUAUGGGUUUCAGCGACCGAUCGGAGGCUGCCUAUCUGGCUCUCAUGCUCAUUAUGGGUGCUGCUGAUACAUCAAAAAUGUCAUCGUGGUCAUUCCUCGAGGCCAUGAUGCGAUUCCCUGAUGUCCAGGCCAAGGCACUCGCUGAGAUCGAAGCUGUUGUUGGAGUCGCACAACGUUUACCGGUUUAUGAAGAUCUCGAGUCCAUCCCAUAUGUUCGCUACCUGAUGAAGGAGCUUUGGCGUUGGCGCCCGCCAGUUGCGCUCGGCCACCCCCACAUAGUGACCAAAGAGCUGACAUACAACGGGGUUCGUCUACCUGCCGGGUCUCGUAUCCACCUCAAUGCUUGGGCUAUUGGUCACGAUCCAAAUCGGCACGCCGACCCAGAGCGCUUCUGGCCCGAACGAUAUGAGGGAGAUCUGACGACCAGCGAGCAGAGCAAGAACUCUGCCGACGUGAAAGACCGCGACCACUUUGCGUUUGGAUCCGGAAGACGUAUUUGUCCUGGAUACCACGUCGCUGAACGCUCACUUGCGAUUGCAAUCAUGCGCUUGGUGUGGGCUUUCGAAAUUGUUCCGGCGCCAAAUGCUAAAUUGCCAUUGGAUCCAAGAGACUAUCCUGGAGAGAUGCCUGGCAAUCCGGGCGAGCACAUGCCUGUUCUGUUGAAAGUUCGGAGCGAGGCAAAGAGAAAAGCCAUCGAUGAAGAGUAUGUUAAGGCAGAGGCCGCACAUCCGGCGAUGGAGCCUCUGACGCACGACGGCUGGUCCUGGAGAUUCUAAGGGGAGCUUGUUUUCACUGGGAAGAUGUGAAUCAGACUGUACAGUUUUGUAUGCACGAGGCAGACAUGUGCUAAAAGACCUCAGAACCUAAUACGCGAGUCACGUUAUGCAUCAUUCUGAGCUUUGUUUACACCGUCCGCUACACCAUUCCAGGGACACAAAUCUGACCAGGAUAUUGCCAUUACUAAGAACAUACCCUGUAGCACCAGUACUGAUAGCUUGCGAGCUGACAACGAACGGUGGCGGAUCAGCGCUGCGGUCAGCACCAGAGGUGAUGAGGUAGGAAGAGCCGCCCGGAACCAGGCGAACGAGAAAUGAAUUAAGUCAAGGG